AUGCCUCCUGCCAGCAAGAAAUCAAAAUUAGCAAAAAGCAAAUCCCAAUCAGAAUCUGGAAAUUGUUUCUUUAAAAACAUAGAAACCAGCAAUAACGACCUGAUUGACUUAUUUGAGAUUGACAUUGAAGAAGAUAUUACUGUGGAUGACAGAGAACUUCAGGGAAUUGCAGAUGAUGUUACUUCUGCCAUCUAUUCUAGCCACUUCCUCAAAUGGCAUGAGGAAGCUGAUAAGUCUCUCCUUGAGUCUGUCAAUGAAGAAUUAAAGCCAGUUGAAGCUACUUCUAGAAAAAUAUCUGCGAAUACAAUUUCUCUUCUCAAGCUUGCCUUUAACAAUAUAAAAGAAGAAAUAGCUUCAUUUAUCUGUAUAAGUGAUUCAUCUCUGCCAGUAGACUAUUACGAGCUUUGCAAACUCAAAUCUGUUGAAAGUUACUUAAGAUAUAGACUCUCAGAAAGUAAGACAAUGGAAGCAUCCAAGAAAGCAGCUAUGGAACUAUGGCUACUGUGGGUCACAUCUCAGGAACGUAAAACACACCAGGCACUUGUACACUUCACACUGCUUCAGUGA